AUGGCCACAUCUACGACCACCAAUGGCAGCCAUAGCGCGGAGAAGAAAGAGAUCGUGAUCAUUGGCGGCGGCAUAAUAGGCGCCACCACUGCUUACUUCCUUACGCGUCACCCUGCCUACUCGCCUUCCACUCACAGCAUCACCAUCCUUGAAGCCACUGGUAUCGCCUCUGGUGCGAGUGGCAAAGCCGGCGGCCUGCUGGCUCUAUGGGCGUAUCCUUCAUCGCUUGUUCCUCUGAGUUUCAAGUUGCACAAGGAACUCGCGAAGGAACACGACGGUGCGAAUCGAUGGGGGUAUCGCGCCCUAGGCGUCGGCCAGAUUGAGUGUGUUGGUCGGAAGAUAGGCGACAGCAACGUUGAGGGAAAGGGAGAGGAGGUCAAGGGAGUGCAUGAUGUUAAUGUCGGCGGCGGUGCUACUGGAGAUGGAAACGUCAGUCUGCAAAAGCGGAGUAAAGACAGCUACAAGCGAUUGCAGAAAAUGGGGCUUCCGGAUGACUUGGACUGGGUGUCGGCGGACGCAGCCAGGGGCUAUGAGGCAAUGGGCUCGGAGAAGGAUACUGCCCAAGUUCAUCCAUACCAAUUCACGACUGCGAUGGUCGAGCUCGCAAAAGAAAAGGGCGCCAAGGUCAUUAUCGGACGGUGUACUGCCCUCGACACCACCUCCAAGACUGUUACAUACACAAGUUCCUCACCGGGUCAGCCAGAUACAGAGACAAGGACGAUUGAAGCAACAGAUAUAAUUCUCACCACCGGCGCCUGGACUCCCACCAUUCUCCCGUCCGUCCCUAUCGGUCACACCCGAGCACACUCCGUGGUCAUCACGCCCUCUCGGCCUGUCUCCGCGUACGCACUUUUCACCUCCAUUUCCUUGCCCCGGGACUACAAGCAAAACCACAAGUCUCGCCCCAUGCACGUCACGCCGGAGAUUUAUGCUCGGCCUUUCAACUCAGUCUAUGCCUGCGGCGAGGGUGAUCACCUCGUUCCACUCCCUGCCACCACAGCAGACGUGGAAGUUGACGACUCUCGGUGUCAAGACGUCAUCGACUAUGUGUCAACUAUCUCGGACGAGCUACGCGACGGUAAGGUUGAGGCCCGGCAGGCAUGCUACCUGCCGAUUGUGGAGUCGGGUGGCGGGCCGCUCGUGGGUCCUACAGGACACGAUGGUGUGUGGCUGGCUGCGGGACAUACCUGUUGGGGCAUACAGAAUGGGCCAGGAACUGGCAAAAUUAUGAGUGAGUUUGUGAUGGAUGGGAAGGUGACCUCAGCGAAGAACAUUGGCGGAUUGGACCCAAGGAGGGUUCUGUGA